AUGGAUCUUAGCCAUUCCAAGUACUUAAUACAAACUCCAGAUUUCUCAGGGAUCACCAACCUUGAACGUCUAGUUUUAGAAGGUUGUAUAAAUUUGCGUGAGGUUCACCCAUCUCUUGGAGAUUUGAAGAAGCUAAAUUUCUUGAGUUUAAAAGAUUGCAAAAUGCUUAGAAGGCUUCCAAGCAGGAUUUGUAAUUUCAAAUCUCUUCAAACAUUUAUUCUUUCUGGUUGCUCCAAAUUUGAAGAAUUUCCAGAGAAUUUUGGGAACUUAGAAAUGUUGAAGGAGCUUCACGAAGAUGGAACUGUGGUAAGAGCACUACCCCCUUCCAUUUUUUCCAUGAGAAACCUUAAAAAGUUGUCUUUCCGUGGAUGUGGACCAGCAUCUGCCUCAUGGUUGUGGCCAAAAAGAAGUUCAAAUUCUAUUUGUUUCACGGUACCUUCUUCCUCAAACUUGUGCUCUUUAAUGGACCUAGAUUUAAGUUACUGCAAUAUAUCAGAUGGAGCAAAUCUUGAUAGCCUUGGCUUCUUAUCUUCACUUAAACAGUUAGAUUUAAGUGGAAACAACUUUGUCACUUUGCCUAACAUGAGUGGACUUUCUCACCUGGAAUGGCUUGUGUUGGAAAAUUGUAAAAGACUGCAGGCACUUCCACAGUUUCCAUCUUCACUUGAAUACUUAGAUUUAAGUGGAAACAACUUUGUCACUUUGCCUAACAUGAGUGGACUUUCUCACCUGGAAUGGCUUUGGUUGAAAAAUUGUAAAAGACUACAGGCACUUCCACAGCUUCCAUCAAGCAUACGUUCUUUAAAUGCAACAGAUUGCACAUCACUCAACUUGCUGAGGCCACGGGAACUCGAAUCCCUAGAUUCUGACUUCGCUGUUGUGAUUCCCGGGAGUAGAAUACCAGAUUGGAUCAGGUAUCAGAGCUCGGAGAAUGUAAUUGAAACAGACCUACCUCUAAAUUGGUCUACGAACUGCCUGGGUUUUGCAUUGGCUCUUGUCUUCAGUAGCCGGCCACCUGUCGCUCGUACUAAUUUGUUAGGGGCAUUUGUUCUCUUGGACUUUGGCACAUGUUUAUGUGUUAUCAAAACUCAUUGUUUUUUCCUAGAGGAUAAUUGGGUUUUGCCUCGUGAAAGGGAUCAUGUGCUUCUGACAUAUGUACCAGUUCAACGCUCACGCAGUCCGCAUCAAGUCAUUCACAUCGGGGCUAGAUUUUUGAUAGAUGUCAAUUAUGAAAUGAAGAGAUGUGGGUUAGGUUUAGUGUAUGUUAAUGAAGAGGUGAAUUGCAACAAUGUGCCUCCCCCUAAUGAGUCAACUCUUGUCCUUAAAGAAAUCUCUGCGGGGGAACCCAUUGAAUGUGAGGAUAUGACCAUGACUCAGAAUCAGAGGAAACCCACCGAAUCAUGCUAUAUCCACCUCUGA